AUGGGGCUAAGAGCGGCCAGCCUCUUCCUUCUCUGGCUGGCUCUUUCCUCUGCUACUGAAAUAAAAAAAGGAAGGACAAGAAGCCAUGGCCACUAUGUCUGCAGCACUUGGGGAAACAACCAUUUCAAGACUUUUGAUGGAGACAUCUACCAAUUCCCUGGCCUUUGCGAGUAUAAUUUUGUUUCCGACUGCCGAGAGGCUUACAAGGAGUUCUCUGUCCACAUCCAGCGUGCUCUCGACAGCAAUGGCCAUCCUGAGAUCCAGUAUAUUCUGAUGAAAAUCAAGGAUAUAAUGGUCUACCUCAAACCCAACCUGGUUGUGGUGGAUGGGCGGAUUGUGAAGACACCUUACUACUCCUCUGGUGUCCUCAUUGAGAGCAAUGAAAUUUACACCAAGAUUUAUGCCAAAUUAGGCAUGGUUCUGAUGUGGAACCAGCAGGAUGCCCUCAUGGUGGAGCUGGACAACAAAUUUAAUAACCAUACCUGUGGUCUCUGUGGGGAUUACAAUGGCAUUCAAAUCUACAAUGAGUUCAUCAAGGGAGAUGCAAGCUACAAUUCAAUUACAUAUGGGAAUAUGCAGAAGAUCAGCAAACCCAAUUCCAAAUGUGAAGAUCCAGAUGAAACUCAGGCUCUUCCAAGCUGUAAUGAGCAUCGUGACGAGUGUCAGAAGUUGCUGACCUCCUCUGCAUUUGCUGACUGUCGGCUGCGUCUUAAUUUGGAGAUGUACAUCCAAGCGUGCAUGCAGGACAAGUGUGCCUGCAAUGGGAAGGACGACUCCUUCUGCCUCUGCAGCACCAUCUCCGAGUAUUCCCGCCAGUGCUCGCACGCAGGCGGCCGCCCGGGAGAAUGGAGGACACAGAGCUUCUGCCCCAAGACCUGUCCUGCUACCAUGGUCUAUAGAGAAAGCAGCUCACCCUGCAUGGAUACUUGCUCACACUUGCAGAUCAGCAGCCUUUGUGAGGAGCACUACAUGGAUGGCUGUUUCUGCCCUGAAGGAACUGUGUAUGAUGAUAUCAGUGAAAAAGGCUGCAUCCCUGUUAGCCAGUGCUACUGCAAACUUGGUGGAAAGAGUUAUGCACCUGGAGAAAGCAUUUCCAAAGAAUGUGAAGAAUGCACCUGUAAUUCAGGCAGAUGGACCUGCAAAGAUCUACCUUGCCCAGGCACAUGCUCAGUGGAAGGAGGUUCCCAUUUUACCACCUUUGAUGGGAAGAAAUACACCUUCCAUGGAGACUGCUACUAUGUGUUGGCCAAGGGUACUGCAAAUGAGAGUUAUGCUCUCCUGGCAGAACUGGCUCCCUGUGGCUCCACAGACAAACAGACCUGCUUGAAGACUGUUGUGCUGUUAGUGGAUAACAAAAAGAAUGUGGUGGUUUUCAGAUCAGAUGGCAGCGUGCUCCUGAACGAGAUGACAGUGAAUGUGCCUCAUGUGUCAACCAGCUUCUCAGUAUUCAAGCCGUCUUCCAACUACUUUGUUGUACAAACUCCAUUUGGGCUUCAGGUGCAGAUCCAGCUGUUUCGAGUCAUGCAGCUGUUUGUGACUGUGGAUCAAUCAGUUAAAGGAAAACUUCAAGGUCUUUGUGGAAACUUCAAUGGAAUGGAAGGUGAUGACUUUAGAACAACCAGUGGGCUGAUUGAGGCUACAGGAUCUGCCUUUGCUAACACAUGGAAAGCUCAGUCCACCUGCACAGACCAGGUAGAAAAGCUGGAAGAUCCCUGCAGUCUCAGCAUUGAAAGUGCAAAUUAUGCUGAGCAUUGGUGCUCUUUGCUGAGAAACCCAAAGGGUCCUUUUGCAAGAUGUCACAUAGCCGUUGAUCCUUCAGAAUACUAUAAGAAAUGUAAAUAUGACACCUGCCUCUGUGAAGACAAUGAAGAAUGUUUGUGUGCUGCCCUGUCCUCUUACUCAAGAGCCUGUGCUUUCAAAGGGAUCAUACUGGGAGACUGGAGAAAGAGUGUUUGCAGUAAUGAAGCAUCUUCCUGCCCAGGAAAUCAAGUCUUCCUUUACAACCUCACAAUGUGCCAGCAAACCUGUCGCUCCCUUGCUGAUGGUGAAAAGUAUUGCUUGCAAGACUUUGCCCCUGUGGAUGGCUGUGGCUGCCCAUCCAAUACAUACUUGGAUAACCAGGAUAACUGUGUGCCCAUCUCCCAGUGCCCAUGUUAUUACAAGGGAUCAUACCUGGAACCUGGGGAGUAUUUCACAAAAGAUGGAGAACGCUGUGUUUGCCGAAAUGCAAAGAUCCAGUGCACUUCAGUGAAAUUAAGAAUGAGAAGUGAAGCAGAAUGUUCUUCUAACAAGACAUACUUUGACUGCAAUGCAUUCUCGAAGUGGACUUCCCAAACACCUCUGCAACUUAGCUGUCAUACUCCUCAAACCGAUCAUUUCCAGACAGAGUGUGUCUCAGGCUGUGUGUGCCCUGAAGGUCUGUUUGAUGAUGGCAGAGGGGGCUGUGUUGAGCAAAAAGAUUGCCCAUGCAUUCACAACAAUGAGUGGUAUUAUUCUGGAGGCAAGAUAAAAGUGGACUGCAACACCUGCACCUGCCAGAAAGGGGUUUGGAAAUGCACUGAGGACGUGUGCUAUGGGACUUGUAUGAUAUAUGGAAGCGGCCAUUAUAACACUUUUGAUGGGAAAUUCUAUGACUUUGAUGGGAGCUGUGAAUAUGUGGCUACUCAGGACUUCUGUGGUGACAAAAAUUCCAGUGGCUCAUUCAGUAUCAUCACAGAGAAUGUUCCUUGUGGAACUACAGGAGUCACCUGCUCAAAGGCUAUCAAAAUGUUCCUAGGGAAAAUUGAGCUGAAAUUGGAGAACAAAGAGUCCAAAGCAAUUCAGCGAGAUGUUGGUGAUGAUGUGCAGUAUUGGAACAGGACAGUCGGCCUGUACCUGGUUAUUGAGGCUAGCAAUGGUGUGAUGCUGAUCUGGGACAAGAAGACUACAGUUUUCAUCAAGCUGAGCCCUGAUUACAAGGGUAAAGUGUGUGGUCUGUGUGGCAACUUUGAUGACAAGGCAAACAAUGAUUUUACAACAAGGAGUGGACUGCAGGACAAUAAUCCUCUGAAUUUUGGAAAUUCCUGGAAACAAUCUCCCAUGUGCCCAGAUGUCACAGAAGAGAUUAAGCCCUGUGAUCUGAAACCACACCGGAAGUCUUGGGCAGAGAAAGAAUGCAGCAUCAUCCAGAGUGAUGUCUUCAAAAUUUGUCACUCCAAGGUGGACCCACUUCCUUACUAUGAGGCUUGUGUUCAUGAUGCCUGCUCCUGUGACAGCGGUGGGGACUGUGAGUGCUUCUGCUCUGCAGUUGCAGCGUAUGCCCAAGAGUGCAUCAAGGCUGAGGCCUGUGUUUUCUGGAGAACUCCUGAUAUCUGCCCGAUAUUCUGUGACUACUACAACCCUCGCAACGAGUGUGACUGGCACUAUGAGCCUUGUGGCAGUAAUAUCACAACCUGCAGGAUGAUCAAUAAUGUCAGCACCAACUUUACAGUACCAUUACUGGAAGGUUGCUACCCCAGAUGCCCUAAGGACAAGCCUAUUUACAAUGAAGACACAAAGCAAUGUGUGACUGAAGAUCAAUGUGGAUGUUACCUCGAGGAUGGAACCUAUGUGCCCCCUUGGCAAGAAAUACCCACAGAGGAAAACUGUACAACAUGUAUCUGUGUCCCAUCAGGAUCCAUAGAGUGUAAACCGGUCCCAGGAUGUCCUUGUGUCAUCAAUGGAACGAGUUAUGAAGAGGGUGCUACUGUGGGAGUCGUACAGGACGGUGACACAUGUACAAGAUACAUUUGUGCAGCAAAUGGCUCUGUAGUUCCUGUUGAAGUCUAUCCCUGUCCAACAUCUUCACCUACAACCAUUUCAACCUCCUCCCCUCACAGUACUCUUACCACCACCACCACAGUUUCCACCACAAGCCGCCCAGUCACUACAACUCCAUGCGUAGUCACAGAACUAAUCUGUGAUUGGACAGAGUGGUUUGAUGUUAGUAAACCUGAAGAAGGUGGUGGUGACUACGAAACAUAUGAUGAAAUAAGAAAACAUGGAAACAAAAUAUGUACAUCUCCUAAAGAAAUUGAAUGCAGGGCUAAGGAUAAACCUGAUGUGAGCUUAGAAGAACUUGGUCAGAAAGUAGAGUGCAAUGUUAAAUAUGGGCUAAUCUGUAAAAAUGAUGAGCAAGAUGUAACUAUGUGGCCACUUUGCUAUAAUUAUGAAAUCAGAGUAAACUGUUGUGAGUGGCAAGAAAUUCCUUGUGAGCAUACAACUACACCUACUGUACCUUCAACUUCAACCACCACCCAGACAACAAUAGCCAGCACCACUACAACCAGGACUUCAACAGAAAUUACCACCCGGCCGAUAGACAUCCAUUCCACAACAUGUGAGUAUACACCAUCAGUUCUCACUCCAUUAACUUCAACAACUUCAGCUUCUGUUCAGUUCCUAUUGAGUCCCAUUCAUGCCUCUGUACCUUUGUCUGUUUUCUCCAUCCCUGUUCUUUCUAACAGCCCCAUAUCCAUCCACACCGAGCACACCACAAUCGACAACCACUCCUGCACCGCCAGAGACUCCCAUCACCACCACCAGCACCCCGACAACAACCACCACUACUACUGGAUCAACAAAGCCCACCUCAACUACUUCAAGCACAUCCUCACCAACACCAACAUACACCACCACCACACCAACUCCAGGCACACCGAGCACAGCAUCCCCUACAUCGGAAUGGACAACCACUUCCAAGUCACCGGAGACUCUCAGCAGCACCACGACAACCACCAGCACCAGUACCACGACAACCACCAGCACCAGCAGCAGCAUCACCACCAGCAGAGCACCGACGACAACAACAACAACUGUUCCAACAACCACCCAAACUCCUGCACGUAUGUUCCAAAACCAAAAAAUUCCUGCCAAAAGCCCUGUGCCUCCAACUACACGUGUGAGUGCAUCUGGACAGACUGGAUUGAUGUGACUUAUCCAGAUGCUUCUGACAAGAAUAGUGGUGACUACGAAACCUUUGAGAACAUUUGGAAGAAAUACCCCUCCUGGGAUUGUGCAAAAGUUGAGAAUAUUUCAUGCCGAGCAGAGAAAUUCCCUAGCACUUCCAUUGCAGAUUUAGGGCAGAAAGUGGAAUGUAAUGUUAACGUAGGGCUCAUUUGUAACAAUAAAGAUCAGCAGAUAGGAGGUAUAAUACCAAUGCCGGUGUGCCUCAACUAUGAGAUCAGUGUCUGCUGCACCCCCAACAAACCAGAGUGUCUUCCAACUCCAAGCACCACGAGCACCACAACUUCCACAGCUUCCACCACAACGAGCAGUGUGUCCCCUCCAAUAUCAACCACCGCUCCAACAUCAACAUCAGUGGAGACUCGCAGCCCUACCAUCACCACCACCACCACCACCACCUGGGUGCCCCCCAGCAGCACCACCACUAGUGGCAGCACCUCAGAGACAACAAGAACUGCUCCUGUCUCAACAACACCCGUUUCAACUACUUCAAGCACAUCCACGCCCACACCAACCUACACCACCACCACCUCACCAACUCCAGGCACAACUCCAUCCACACCAAGCACAGCAUCCCCUACAGCAGAAUUGCCCACCACGUCCCUGGAGACUUCCAGCAGCACCACCACCACCCCCAGCACCAGCACCCCGGCAACGAAAACCAGUCUUAUUGGAUCACCAACGCCCACCUCAACUACUUCAAGCACAUCUUCACCAUCACCAACAUACACCACCUCCUUAUCAACUCCAGGCACACCUCCAUCCACACUGAGCACACCAAAAUCAACAACCACUACCUUGCCGCCGGAGACUACCACCACCACCACCAGCCCUCCGAGGACCACAACCACUGUUCCUGGAUCAACAACAACCAUCUCAACUCCUCAAAGCACAACUCCAUCCACACCAAGCACACCACAAUCGACAACCUCUCCCUCGACACCGGAGACUCUCACCACCACGUCCAGUACCACGAUGCCCCCCAGCAGCACCACCAGCAUCAGCACCCCGAGCACAACAACUGUUACUGGAUCACCAACACCCACCUCAACUACUCCAAGCACAUCCACGCCCACACCAACAUACACCACCACCACAUCAAUUCCAGGUACUUCUACAUUUUGUGCUCUCACAUGUUUCCCUGCUUCGUGUGAGUGCAUCUGGACAGACUGGAUUGAUGUGACUUAUCCAGAUGCUUCUGACAAGAAUAGUGGUGACUACGAAACCUUUGAGAACAUUUGGAAGAAAUACCCCUCCUGGGAUUGUGCAAAAGUUGAGAAUAUUUCAUGCCGAGCAGAGAAAUUCCCUAGCACUUCCAUUGCAGAUUUAGGGCAGAAAGUGGAAUGUAAUGUUAACGUAGGGCUCAUUUGUAACAAUAAAGAUCAGCAGAUAGGAGGUAUAAUACCAAUGCCGGUGUGCCUCAACUAUGAGAUCAGUGUCUGCUGCACCCCCAACAAACCAGAGUGUCUUCCAACUCCAAGCACCACGAGCACCACAACUUCCACAGCUUCCACCACAACGAGCAGUGUGCACAACUCCAUCCACACCAAGCACAGCAUCCCCUACAGCAGAAUUUCCCACCACGUCCCUGGAGACUUCCAGCAGCACCACCACCACCCCCAGCACCAGCACCCCGGCAACGAAAACCAGUCUUAUUGGAUCACCAACGCCCACCUCAACUACUUCAAGCACAUCUUCACCAUCACCAACAUACACCACCUCCUUAUCAACUCCAGGCACACCUCCAUCCACACUGAGCACACCAAAAUCAACAACCACUACCUUGCCGCCGGAGACUACCACCACCACCACCAGCCCUCCGAGGACCACAACCACUGUUCCUGGAUCAACAACAACCAUCUCAACUCCUCAAAGCACAACUCCAUCCACACCAAGCACACCACCAUCGACAACCUCUCCCUCAACACCGGAGACUCUCACCACCACCACCAGCCCUCCAACCACAACCACAACCACAACAAGAACACCAACGGUUACUGGAUCUUCCAUGACCACAUCAAGUCCUGGAAGCACAACUCCAUCCACACCAAGCACACCACAAUCGACAACCUCUCCCUCGACACCGGAGACUCUCACCACCACGUCCAGUACCACGAUGCCCCCCAGCAGCACCACCAGCAUCAGCACCCCGAGCACAACAACUGUUACUGGAUCACCAACACCCACCUCAACUACUCCAAGCACAUCCACGCCCACACCAACAUACACCACCACCACAUCAAUUCCAGGCACAGAAAGCACAUCCACACUGAGCACGCCAAAAUCGACAACCACUACCUCGCCAACGGAGACUCCCACCACCACCACCAGCCCUCCAACCACAACCACUGGUCCUGGAUCAACAACAACCAUCUCAACUCCUCAAACUUCCCCUCUUAUCUCCUAUUCCAUGAAUUAGUGAGGUGUUCCAGUAAUGAGGCAGAGAUAGAAAGCUCCAGCAAGUUUGAAAGCAUUGCUCCUCCUUACCUAUUGCACCACGAUGACCCCCAGCAGCACCACCAGCAUCAGCACCCACAAGACAACGACAACAACUGUUACUGGCUCAUCAACAACUUUCUCAACUACUUCAAGCGCACCUACACCCACAUGGGAAUGGACAACCACUUCCAAGUCACCGGAGACUCUCAGCAGCACCACGACAACCACCAGCACCAGUACCACGACAACCACCAGCACCAGCAGCAGCAUCACCACCAGCAGAGCACCGACGACAACAACAACAACUGUUCCAACAACCACCCAAACUCCUGCACGUAUGUUCCAAAACCAAAAAAUUCCUGCCAAAAGCCCUGUGCCUCCAACUACACGUGUGAGUGCAUCUGGACAGACUGGAUUGAUGUGACUUAUCCAGAUGCUUCUGACAAGAAUAGUGGUGACUACGAAACCUUUGAGAACAUUUGGAAGAAAUACCCCUCCUGGGAUUGUGCAAAAGUUGAGAAUAUUUCAUGCCGAGCAGAGAAAUUCCCUAGCACUUCCAUUGCAGAUUUAGGGCAGAAAGUGGAAUGUAAUGUUAACGUAGGGCUCAUUUGUAACAAUAAAGAUCAGCAGAUAGGAGGUAUAAUACCAAUGCCGGUGUGCCUCAACUAUGAGAUCAGUGUCUGCUGCACCCCCAACAAACCAGAGUGUCUUCCAACUCCAAGCACCACGAGCACCACAACUUCCACAGCUUCCACCACAACGAGCAGCACAGAAAGCACAUCCACACUGAGCACGCCAAAAUCGACAACCACUACCUCGCCAACGGAGACUCCCACCACCACCACCAGCCCUCCAACCACAACCACUGGAUCAACCCCCAAGACCACCACUUCAGGUCCCACACCCUCAAGUUCCACCAGCACCACACCAGUAACAGAAACUCCUAUCCAUGAGACCACUACCACCAGGACCUCAAGCCCUCCAACAGGAUUAUCUACCACCACUUCCAGCCCUGGCACCACCACAACCUCGGGACCAAGCAGCCCUACAGCAACACAGCCACCAGUAUCGACAACCCCAUUCACUGGAACAGGAUCAACCCCCAAGACCACCACUUCAGGCCCCACACCCUCAAGUUCCACCAGCACCACACCAGUAACAGAAACUCCUAUCCAUGAGACCACUACCACCAGGACCUCAAGCCCUCCAACAGGAUUAUCUACCACCACUUCCAGCCCUGGCACCACCACAACCUCGGGGCCAAGCAGCCCUACAGCAACACAGCCACCAGUAUCGACAACCCCAUUCACUGGAACAGGAUCAACCCCCAAGACCACCACUUCAGGCCCCACACCCUCAGUGUCCACUCCCCCUACCACCACAGUAGGAACAGAAAUAAGUACUCCAACCACGACCUCUGCAACUGUUACGACUCCAACAUCACCUACAUCAACCAGCCCCGUGUCAACCACUACCGCUGGUACUACUCCAACAGAAAGCUUUACCACCACUUCAGGAACCACCUCUAGUAGUUCUAUCACAAUCAAUGCUACAACCACCAUCUCCACAACCUUCAAAACCCUGCCGCCUGUCUCAACUACUACAUCUGGGCCUACUGCAACAUCAACUGCAGUCACCACUACAGGAAGUUCUACACACAGUGCAACUCCUCCAGUUAAUGGGUCAACUACAGGUCUAACACCAACCACUCCCAAAAAAACUUGUACUAUUUUCCCUAAUGAAACUUAUGAGCAAGGUGACUCGUGGAUACUCUGUAACUGCACUAAGGUUAUAUGUAUAGAAGACAACAUUGUCCAGGUGAUUCCAAUAAUCUGCAAUCCACCCCCGAAACCCACGUGUUCCAAUGGACUGUCUCCUGUGCCAGUCAUGGAUGAGGAUGGAUGCUGUUGGCACUGGGAGUGUGAUUGCUACUGCACUGGCUGGGGAGAUCCACAUUACAUGACUUUUGAUGGACUAUACUACAGCUAUCAAGGGAAUUGUACAUAUGUCCUUGUGGAAGAGAUCAAUAAGAAAGUUGACAACUUUGGUGUCUACAUUGAUAACUACCAUUGUGAUGCACGGGAUGUAGUGUCCUGUCCUCGAACGCUCAUUGUGAGACAUGAGACUCAGGAAGUGAGGCUAACAACAGCACAACCAAAUACUCUACAAGUAGAGGUUACAGUAAACAACCAGCUUGUGGCUUUGCCUUACAAGAAGUUUGGUGUGAGCAUCUACGAGUCAGGCAUAAAUAGUGUUGUGGAAAUUCCUGAGCUGAAAAUGAAUGUGACCUACAAUGGCUUGUCCUUUUCUAUCAGAAUGCCCUACAGCCUGUUUGGCAACAAUACCCAGGGACAGUGUGGUACUUGCAAUAACAACACGGCAGAUGACUGCAUGCUGCCAAAUGGAAACAUUGCAGAAAACUGUGAAACCAUGGCAGAUCAUUGGCAAGUUGUUGAUCCUUCCAAACCACAGUGCUCUCCAGGCCUAGUUCCUACAGGUUCACCUAGCACAACACCAACACAGCCUUGCAAAGAAUCGUCCAUCUGCGAGCUUAUUUUGGGAAGUGUGUUCAAGCCAUGCCAUGCAUUUGUCCAGCCUGAGAAAUACUAUGCAGCCUGCGUUUUUGAUAGCUGUGUACUUCCCAACCUAGACCUGGAAUGCUCAAGUCUGCAGAUCUAUGCUGCCACCUGUGCUGAUCAAGGCGCGUGCAUUGACUGGAGAAAACACACCAAUGGUGUAUGCUGUAAGUAUGAAUGUCCUUCAGGUAAAGAAUAUAGAGCAUGUGGUCCUAUUAAAGAGACGACCUGCAAAUCAAGAGGACAGAAUGAGACAUCAACUAAACAAGUGGAAGGCUGUUUCUGUCCUAAUGGAACCAUGCUGUAUGACUCUGGUGUGGAUGUCUGCGUGAAAACCUGUGGCUGUGUUGGAGUGGAUAUGGUAUCAAGAGAGUUUGGAGAAAAGUUUACAGUGGACUGUAAGGACUGUAUUUGCCUGGAAGGUGAACAUGGCAUUGUAUGUGAGCCUCAUGUAUGUGAUCAAAAGAAGGUCACUUGUGAAGGAGAAGGCUUCUAUGAAGUCACUGAAGUCAAUCCUAAAGACUCCUGCUGCCCUCUUUUCACUUGCAAAUGCAAUACAAGCUCGUGCACAGCUAAAGCCCCCAAGUGCUCACUGGGAUUUGAAGUUCAUUCUUAUAUUCCCAGUGGUCAGUGCUGUCCUGUAUACCAAUGUGUUCCCAAGGGGGUUUGCGUACAUGAGAAUGCUGAGUUCUUGCCCAACUCCUCAGUCUUUGUUGACAAGUGCCAGAAUUGUGUCUGCACAAAUGAUGUUAAUGUCAGCACUCAACUGAAUAUAAUCUCCUGUGAACGUGUCCCCUGCAACACAUACUGUCAACCAGGAUAUGAACUUAAACCAGUGAAAGGCGAAUGCUGUGGAAAAUGUGUGCAGACCAAGUGUAUUAUAAAGACAUCAGACAAUUCUGAACUCAUCUUGAGUCCUGGAGACUUUAAAAAUGAUCCUCACAACAACUGCACCAUUUAUAGCUGUGUAGAUGUCCACGACCAGCUUAUUGCUUCCACAUCUGAGAUUACCUGUCCAGCAUUCAAUGAAGACAGCUGCAAACCUGGAACUAUUUCAUUCUUACCUAAUGGUUGUUGCAGAACAUGUGCCCCUCUGGACAGCAGCACACCGUGCUCUGUGCGCCACAGAAAAGACUUUAUCGUCUACAAUGGCUGCCGCUCCGUGGACAGAGUUGACAUGACUGAAUGUGAAGGAACAUGUGGAACCUUCUCGCUAUACUCUGCUGAGGCCAAUUCCAUGGACCACAGCUGCUCCUGCUGCAGAGAAACAAGGACCACUGAGAAGUACGUGGUUCUGAAAUGCCCUGGUGGGCACGCAGUGUCACACAAGUACAUCUACGUGGAGAGCUGCAGCUGUCAAGACACUGAAUGCCAGAGGCCAGAGUCCAAUGAGCUGCAGAAGAAUGAAGUAAAUGACAAGACGACCGCUCUGAACAGGAUCAAGAGAGCCAUCAGCUUAACAUCAAAAUGAAGGCAAAAAACCCCUCUGGCAUUAUUGACUGAAAGGACUGUGAACCAUUCUUAGCUUCCUUGACUACUUUUGAACUUUACUUUUCCCAGUAACUGCAUCCUGUUUGUUCUCUAAUUAAUUAACUGUGCCCUAUUUAUUUGUGCACAAAAUAAGAACACAAAUUUGUAUUCUUACAAGUGCACAACCUCUUGAGUCCUUUCCAAAUCCUCUGAAUGAUUAAAAGCACAUCUCAAAAA